GAAUUUUGGAUAAGCCACUGAGAAAGGUUCCAUUGCCAAAUUCUAAAGGUGUGAAGCAGUUCUUGAGAUUUGUUUAAAAACUACUAGAGAUGUUGAGUAUUUUGUCAUAAGCAUUUGCCAGCUCACUUUACUGUCAUGUGCUUCCGUAUUGUCAGACCAAAAUAUUGAACUUUUUAAAGAGAACAGUCCUGAAACAUGCCCAUUUAUUUUGUCCUUAUAGUCAUUUUUGAAAAAAAAAGUGGGCUCUUUAAACAUUUACAGUGUGAUUUCUAAGAUUUCUAAAUAACAGCACGUCAACCUUUGGCACACAAUGUACCUUAAAGCUUUCUCAUUCCGAGUUUAUUUAAAUUGAAUUGCCCACAAAACCCUGUUGUUAUCUACUAUCAGUGGGGGAAUAUCAGAUCAGUUUAUAAAGUUAUCCAUCUUUCCAGUUAUUGCGUUUGUGACCCAUCUCAGCUAACUGACUAAGUGCCCUUUGGCCAUCACACCCAAUGACCUAUGUUAGCUUCUUUCCCAGUAGAAACUCAAAUUAAAAAUUUCCAACCUCCGUUGCCUGAACAGAUUUCUAAUCUCUGUAACUCCAAUAGCUGUACAACUCUUCAAAAGCUUUACAUUUCUUCAAUUCUGGCCUUUUGUAUUUCCAACUUUAUUGGCAGCAUGCACUCAAUUGUCUAGGCUGUAGGUUCUGCAGUUCAUUGACUACAUUUCUUGCUGCCUCUCCACCUUAUUCUGGACGCUUCUUAAAACUUAGCUCUUUGACAAAGCUUUCAGCUCCUGCCUUCGUAUGUGGAUGUGUAAGCUUUUGUCUGAUAAUGCUCCUGUGAAGAGUCUUGGGGUGUUUUACUAUGUUGAAGUCACCCCAUAAAGAUAUAAAUUUUCAAAAAGAUUUCAGUGAUAAGCCACAGGGUCUUGACUGUAUUCAUCCUAGGCUUGUGAAAUAACUAGAAAAGUAACAGAGGCUUUGAGUGCCAUUUUCAAAUUCUUUAAAUAUAUAAACUAGGUUGUGAUAAUGGCAAAUUUUUCGAGAAGGGGCAAAACAUAAACUAAAAGGAAAAAUAAAACCUACAUUUAUAUAGUGCCUUUCAUGACCACAGGGCUCCUCAAAGCUUUUCACUGCCAAUUAAGUUAUUUAUGAUGUGCAGUCAUUGCUGUAAAGUAGGAAAUGCAACAGCUGAUUUACACACCGCAAAUUCCCACAAACUACAAAGUAGUAAUAGCCAGAUAAUUUUUCUUUUGAUUUUGUGGAAUAAAUAUUGGCCAGAACACUGGUGCUAAUUCCCCUGAUCUUAUUUGAAAAUAGUGCCGUCAAAUCUUUUGCACCCACCUGAUGUGAGAAGGUGGGGCCUUGGUUUAACACCUCAUCCAAAAGACAGCAUCAAAAUCAGUGCAGCUCUCAGUCAGUACAAAGUACUCAGUAUCAAAUCCCUUGACUUUGUACUUUUUGCCUUGGAAUGAGAUGUGAAUCUAGAACAAGUGGUUCAGAGGUGAGAGUGCUAUCAAUUAAUUGUAAAUUGUAUAAUAAUAGACCAGUCAGCUGUGGAUAGACUUUUGAAAUCCAUAAUUUGAGGUCAGUUAGUAUUUAGAAGCAGCAUGUUAUGGUAGCUUAAAACUAAAUUGUAUUUAGCAAAUUAAGAAUUAUUGAUUGAAUGUUGGAUAGAUGGAUGGAAUGCAGUAGAUUUUCAAAUGUGUUUUAUGAGGUGUCCCAAAGGAAACUUACUAGAAAACUUUAGAUUUAUGGAAUGAGAAGAAAUGAAACAAAAUUGUCAUUUGAUUAAUGGACAACAAUAAAGAUUUAUUUGUAUCCUGAGCUUGGAGCUGUGCCUGCUUUAAAAUAAAGAUACAUCACUUCCAUAAAACUACUUUUAGGCUUUCUAGCUGUAAAAUGUUUCAUUUUCCUUGUAAGAUCAGAAUGCUUUGCCCCUUCUUUGGCCACAACUGAUUAUUACAGGACACUGAGAUUGUUGAAUACUUUCAUUGUGAUCAUUUUCCUCAACCUAACUAAGUUGCUUUUUGCAGAUCCUGGAUACAAACUAUUUGGAAUAGCACAAAAAUCUCAUGGUUCCUGGAUAAAACUUUACUUCGAAGGUAACUCUUCGGAGACUCUUGCAAACCUAGGAAAGAAGGUGCUGAGGCAGUAUUUGGAUGCCUUGAAGUUAAUGAGUUCCUCACUUUCCAAAAUUGUGGCACAGUAUGAUAUGUACUCCAUGAUUGUGGGAACAAUUAUUGUGGUGGAGGUGAUUUUCCUUCUAAUAGUGAGUACUCCAGAUGCACUGGGCAGCACUGCUGAAUUUGAAGUACCGCUGUCAGCAGCAUUCUACUCCCUCCUGUUCUAUCUGCUGUGUCUGAUGUUUACAGCUAUUCAUAUUAUUGUACGUACAUCAGCAAAGACAUCCUGCUAUUUUUGUGACGUAUCCUGGCUGCUGGCUGCAACAGUGAUUGUACUGAUAUCUGCCCUGCAAUGUGUGCUCAUUUCAACUCUUUGGAAGCGUUUUACAAAUGGGAAGCCUCAACACAAGAGUUGUGCAAUAGCCAAUUCGAACUGGUCUGAAUUAGAUUUGCUUUUGUUACUUGGGACUUUUGGACAUACCCUGAGCCUUGGAUCCAGCAGUUUUAUAGAAGAAGAACAUCAAACGUGGUACUUUCUAAUCACCACACUUUUGUUGGUGCUGUUUCAAGAUGUCUGCAGAAAAUAUUUUGCACCCAGUGACCUCCAAGGCAAAUCAAAACAAAACAAGAAUCCAGAAGACAUUGAUGGCAAUGAACAGCAAACUACUAUCCAUGGCUUACUCGAAACUUCCAAUUGUGACCAGAAAGAUGAUAAAUCCAAAGCUUAUACGUGUUCAGGUGAAAGCUAUGAAAAGUGGCUGGCCUUACUGACCCCCUGGGUUAUCCUUGUGUUUUGUCGGGUACUCCGUUCCCUCAACCAGACUGGGAUCAAAUGGGCUCACGAACCAGACUUUGGCCACUGGCUGACAAGCUCCAGUCAUAGAACUGAACUCUCCAUACUGGCAGCAGGUUCACUCUUUUUGAUCUUUAUUUUGGUUCAGAGGACAUGUUCCACUGUUUCUAAAGCAGCACUGGCACUGGGGUUGGUGGGAAUUUACUGCUAUCGUGCAGCAAUUGGAAACAUAACAUUCCCAUGGAAUCCAGAUAAACAUAUUUCAAAGGGAAUUAUUGAAGCUCGUUUUGUUUAUGUGUUUAUCCUUGGCAUCCUUUUUACGGGAGUUAAGGACCUGUUGAAAUCUGCAUUCGCUUUCCCUGACACAACAACAAACAGUAGAGGACUCUGGGAAAUAUACAAUGGACUUGUGCUCUUGGCUGCAUUGCUUCUUCGCCCUCACAACUUGCCAGUUUUGUUGUUCAUCCUUGUGGUUCAAUGGAUUUUGACCAAAUUUAUAUGGAGAAUAUUGGAUUAUGAUGCAGCACAAAUUACUAUAAUAUAUUACUGGUUUGGCCAGGCCUCUUUUUACUUUCAGGGAAAUUCAAAUAGCAUUGCAACUGUGGAUAUAUCAGCUGGUUUUGUGGGUUUCGAGAAUUAUGUGGAAUUGCCAGCAGUCUUUCUUACACUAUUCAGCACUUAUAUAGGCCCACUACUGUGGGCUGUGCAUCUAACUUGUUACAUGAGCUCAGAAAGAAACAGGUAUUCUGCAGCAGUGGGACACAGCUGUUACUGUUUAGUUCUACUAAGAGCAAUUCCAGCUUCAGUUUAUGUUAUUCUGGUUAUCUCUCUUCGCUAUCAUCUAUUUGUCUGGAGUGUUUUCUCUCCAAAAUUGCUCUAUGAAGGUAUGCAUACACUUGUGACAACAGCAGCCUGUGUCAUGUUCACAGCAAUGGAUCAGAAACGGAUGAUAACAGUCUUAAAAAAUUGAGUAUUGGACAGGGUUCACGUGUAUAUUUGUAAAAAUUUUCAAGAUCUAUAACAUAAUUCCAAUUGUUGUAAAGCAAAUAGUCAGGAUUGUGUGAAAUUGCGAUAUAAAACACUUCUCUGUUAUAAAAGUUCUUUUGGGGUGCAGGUUUCUAAGGGAUGAAAUAGCAUGGAUAUCAGUGAGUCAGCCUGUUUUAGUUCCAUUUUAAUCUUCAAGUCAAUCUAAAGUUGGCUCUGAUUCACGAUUACCCAUUUUUUGCUGCUAGCAAAGAUGAGUUUUAUCAUUUCACCCAAACCCUGAAAUUAUUGAACAGUGUCCUCCUCUGCUGGAGCAUUUAACACAUUGUAUAUGCAGGUUUUCUUUUUCACAUGGGCAAACAGGGUUUAUUUUUCACUCUUCUUCCCACACCCUUUAGUAUACCUCUUUUGCAAGAAGUUAUUUAUUUGAAAGUAUAAUUUUAUAGACUCUGCUUUAACAAAAUAGGUUGUGACAGCAAAUUGCAAAUACCAAGCAUUAUCAAUUUUUUUUUGUAAACUCAGGUUUGGUGAUUGCCUUAGUUUGAGCCCACCCCAAUUCCAUGAUGUUUCUUAUUUAUUUUUAAAUGUAAGUUCAAGAAACUUUUUGAAUUAAUUUUGGGUGGAACAAUUGGUUCUGGUCCAUGAGAAUACAUUAGCAAUGACCAACAAGUUAUAGGAGUCGAGUUUACAUAAUUUGGCAACCUCAAUGUAGUCCAACACCAAGUUAAAUUUGUACUACUUCUUGAAGCAUGAAUUUGUUAAGGACCAGAAUACUCAGCUCAUCGGUCUUGCCAUUGUUUUAGAUUCAUAUUUGAAGUUUAUACUUUAUUACAUGGCAUUUUAAUCUGAAUUCACAUUAUGGUAAGUAAAUGAAAAAUGGGAUGAUAAAGCUUGUGAUUAUUGGUUCAGCCUCACCUGCUGUAUUGUGUCUAAUUUAGUUCAACAUCAAGAAGGGCAGAGCAUGUAGCAGUGGGAAACUAAAUUGAUAACUGGGAUUGAACAUGCACGCAAUAAAGCUUCGCAGCCUGUUAUGUCUUGAAAAGGGAAAGAUCAGGUGAUUAAGUAAGUUUACAAGAACACAAAAUGCAAAGACAAAGUACAGAGUAGAAUUUCUAUACUGUCCUCCCCAUCCGCCCACCAGAACAUCAGUGCAGCCAGUGUUAAGAUUCGACAAGAACAAACAUUUAUAAAUCGUUCUACAUUGCCACCAGUUACAUAGAAUGAGCUAUUAAGAGAGAUGGAUUGUUAGCUUUGAUAAAAGUAGUGUGUUUCUGGACAGUAGGGCAGACAGAUGACAACUUCACUAAUGUCAUUAUGGUUCAAUGAUCCUAUGCCAUUUAAAUAAACGGAGGAAUUUUAGGCACGUACACUAACUUUUUCAGAUAAAAUGCAUAAAUGGACUCCAUUGUGUGAAUUAUGAAUGGUCG